GGGAGCCGGUGGGCGACCCCGGGAAGAAAGGAACAUGGCUCCUGCGGCUGAGGGCGGCGGCGCUGGGCGCCAGUGAGCGCCAUGGUGAACUCCAGCCGCGUGCAGCCGCAGCCGCCCGGGGACGCGGGGCGCUCGCCCGCGCCGCGAGCGUCCGGGCCCGGUCGCCUGGUGGCGGGAGGCGCCGGCCUGGCAGUCCCUGGCGGCCUGCGGGAGCAGCGGGGCCUGGAGAUCGAGAUGGAGCGCAUCCGGCAGGCGGCCGCUCGGGACCCUCCGGCCGGAGCCUCGGCCUCGCCUUCUCCUCCGCUUUCGUCCUGCUCCAGGCAGGCGUGGAGCCGCGACAACCCGGGCUUUGAGGCCGAGGAGGAUGACGACGACGACGAGGUGGAAGGAGAAGAAGGAGGGAUGGUGGUGGAGAUGGACGUGGAGUGGCGCCCGGGCAGCCGGAGGUCGGCCUCCUCCUCCUCCGCCGUGAGCUCGGCGGGCGCCCACGGCCGAGGGCUGGGGAGUUACCGCGGCGCUGCUCACCCGAGCGGGAGGCGGCGCCGGCUAGAGGACCAGGGCGCGCCGUGUCCCAGCCCCGCGGGCGGUGGAGACCCGCUGCAUCGCCACCUCCCGCUGGACGGCCAGCCGCCCCGAGUGGCCUGGGCAGAGAGGCUAGUGCGCGGGCUGCGAGGUCUCUGGGGAACAAGACUCAUGGAAGAGAGCACUGCUAACCGAGAGAAGUACCUGAAAAGUGUGUUAAGGGAGCUGGUCACUUACCUCUUUUUUCUCAUAGUCUUGUGCAUCUUGACCUACGGCAUGAUGAGCUCUAACGUGUACUACUACACUCGGACACUGUCGCAGCUUUUCAUAGACACCCCAGUGUCUAAAACAGAGAAAACCAACUUUAAAACUCUUUCUUCCAUGGAGGACUUCUGGAAGUUCAUGGAAGGCUCCUUCCUGGAUGGGCUGUACUGGAAGGCACAGACCAGCAACCACACGCAAGCUGACAACCGAAGCUUUAUUUUCUAUGAGAACCUGUUGCUAGGGGUACCGCGUCUACGUCAACUCCGAGUCAGAAAUGGAUCCUGUUCCAUCCCUCAGGACCUGAGAGAUGAAAUUAAAGAGUGCUAUGAUGUCUACUCUGUCAGCAGUGAGGACAGGGCUCCAUUUGGACCACGGAACGGAACUGCGUGGAUCUACACAAGUGAGAAGGAGCUGAAUGGAAGCAGUCACUGGGGAAUCAUUGCAUCUUACAGUGGAGCAGGCUACUACCUGGAUCUGUCCAGAACCAGGGAGGAGACAGCCGCCCAGCUCGCUGGCCUCAGGAGGAACUUCUGGCUGGACCGGGGCACACGGGCAGCUUUCAUUGACUUCUCGGUGUAUAAUGCAAACAUUAACCUGUUCUGUGUGAUCAGGUUAUUGGUUGAGUUUCCAGCAACGGGUGGCGUGGUGCCCUCUUGGCAGUUUCAGCCUGUCAAACUGAUCCGCUACGUCACAGCCUUUGAUUUCUUCCUGGCAGCCUGUGAGAUUAUCUUUUGUUUCUUUAUCCUUUACUAUGUGGUGGAAGAGAUAUUGGAAAUUCGGAUUCACAGACUGAACUAUUUCAGGAGUUUCUGGAAUUGUCUGGAUGUUGUGAUUGUUGUGUUAUCCAUAGUAGCUACGGUGAUUAACAUUUACCGAAUGUCAAAUGCAGAGGGGCUGCUACAGUUUCUCCAAGAUCAAAAUUCUUUCCCCAAUUUUGAGCAUGUGGCAUACUGGCAAAUACAGUUCAACAGUAUAGCUGCUGUCAUGGUAUUUUUGGUCUGGAUUAAGCUCUUCAAAUUCAUCAACUUUAAUAGGACCAUGAGCCAGCUCUCCACAACCAUGUCUAGAUGUGCCAAGGACCUCUUUGGCUUCACCAUCAUGUUCUUCAUCAUCUUCUUGGCCUAUGCUCAGUUGGCAUACCUUGUCUUUGGCACUCAGGUCGAUGACUUCAGUACUUUCCAAGAAUGCAUUUUCACCCAGUUCCGCAUCAUUUUGGGUGAUAUCAACUUUGCAGAGAUCGAGGAAGCUAACCGAGUUUUGGGGCCACUUUAUUUUACUACAUUUGUGUUCUUUACGUUCUUCAUUCUUUUGAAUAUGUUUCUGGCCAUCAUCAAUGAUUCCUACUCUGAGGUGAAAUCAGAUCUGACCCAACAGAAAGCAGAAAUGGAACUCUCAGACCUUAUUAGAAAGGGCUGCCAAAAAGCACUGGUCAAACUAAAACUUAAAAGAAACACUGUAGAUGCCAUUUCAGAGAGUCUCCGGCAAGGCGGCGGCAAGCUAAACUUUGAUGAACUUCGACAAGACCUAAAAGGGAAGGGCCAUACAGAUGCAGAGAUUGAGGCCAUAUUCACUAAAUAUGACCAGGACGGCGACCAGGAACUAACUGAGCGUGAGCAUCAACAGAUGAGAGACGACUUGGAGAAAGAAAGGGAGGAUCUAGACUUGGAACACAGCUCUUUACCGCGUCCUAUGAGCAGCAGAAGUUUUCCCAGAAGCCUGGAUGACUCUGAGGAGGAGGACGACGAAGACAGUGGCCAUAGUUCCAGGAGGAGGGGAAGUAUCUCCAGCGGGGUUUCCUAUGAAGAGUUCCAAGUACUGGUGAGACGUGUGGACCGCAUGGAGCACUCCAUAGGCAGCAUUGUGUCCAAGAUUGAUGCUGUGAUUGUCAAACUUCAGGUCAUGGAGCGGGCCAAGCUGAAGAGACGGGAGGUGUUAGGAAGGCUGCUGGACGGAGUGGCUGAGGAUGCGCGACUGGGUCGGGACAAUGAGAUCCACAGGGAGCAGAUGGAGCGCCUGGUGCGGGAAGAGCUGGAGCGCUGGGAAUCAGAUGAUGCGGCUUCGCAGACAGGUCAUGGUCUAAGCACACAAGUGGGACUCGGCGGCCAGCCGCACCCCAGAAGCUCGCGGCCUCCUUCCUCCCAGUCUGCAGAGGGCCUGGAAGGUGGAGGUGGAAACGGAAGUGCCAAUGUCCAUGCAUGAUAAUCCACGCGUGUUUGUGUGUUUCUGAGACACGGAGAGGUGGUUGUCCUGUAUGGCAAUGACAAGUUAGGUAUUUAUAAACCCCGGCGGCAUUAUGAUUGGUCUUUGUGACCAAUUAUUGGUGACCAAUUAUUAUAAAUUUCUGCACUUUAAUUUAUUUUACAUAAAUUUAACCCGUGGCUCAAGGAAGGCUGUUUUACUUUUUUCUCAUAUGAGAAAUCUAGAUGUAAAUAUUGACUUCAGGAAGAAGAAAACUCUGAAAGUACACCGAGUUGCUGCCCUGCCCGAGUCUUCAGGUGACAGUGUUUGGAAGUUAGAGGAGAGCCAUCACUAGCCUCUGAGUUCAUAUGGAGCUGCCACAGUCAGCAGCAUGUUAGUCUAGUGCAGCAUGCUAUGAAAAGCAUGACAUUCCUUUCCACUGAGGUGCAACUCGCAGAGUACGUAAUACCUUUCUUCUAAGGAAGGAGUCGUGUUUCAGCAACCUUUCUGGGGUGCAGGGAAUAAUGUGUGUGAAUGGUUGUUAUAGAUGCUAAGUGCUAUACCAGUUUGUGGCAGGAAGCACAUCAUUUAAUUUUUGUGUUAUUUAGCUUUUGUUUAAAAUUUGGCAAGAAAAGCCCAAAAGAUAAAUUGUAGCAUAAAAUGUAGGAUCAGAAGGGGCCCUCAAUUCUCACUAAGUUUGACUUUUCAAUUAUUUGUUAGCAUAGAAAUUUCUGCAUUUUUCUUUCCUGUGUGUUUCAUUUACAAUCAAAUUUAAUAUUAAAAUAACUAAUAAAUAAGACAAACACUGAAUAUUUUGGUACACAUUGAAACUCAGCAAAUAUGUACAUUUGAAGCAGUAUUUUAAGAAAGUUUUGAAGUGCAUAAAAGCUCUGUAAAAGUAAAGGCUUGGUUUAUGUUGUAUCUAGAAUAUAUUUCUCAAAUAUUCUUAAUCUUGUAUUUCAGAAUGAAAUCAUAUAGUGUAAAUUCAACUCAUUUUUAUUUGAGGGGCCUUGGAUAUUAAUGGUUUAUCGAUUUGCAAAAGAGAUCAGCUAAAAAUUGACUAUCAGCAAUAGUUUUUAUUAAGAGAGGUUCUCACUAAAUUCAUAGGGGAAAUCUAUUUCUCAAUAUCAUUUUGUGGGGUGGUUUUGUUUUUUGGGGUUUUUUUGUGUGUGUUUUUUUGUUUGUUUGUUUUGUUUUGUUUUGUUUUGUUUUGUUUUGUCAAAGACAGAUUUUCAUCAUGUAAUCUUGGCCAGCCUGGAACUCUGUAAACUAGCUGGCCUCAAACUCAUAGAGAUCUACUGGCUCUCUGCCUUUUAAGUGCUGGGAUCAAGGGCCUGUGUGACCACACCAGUUGUUGAGUAACUUGACCCUUUGAUAUCAGGGGGAUCAGAAGAAACAAAGCCAAGCUGGUAGAGAAGCCAGAGAGAGUUUAGUACUGUAUUUGAAAUUCACAAGAAUUCAUUGACUUCCUAGAAUAUACCAAACCUCCAACAAAGUGCUGAGCAGAUGGGUGUUUUCUAGAUCAGCUUUUACAGAGGCAAGACAUGGCUUCUUUUCCUUGAUUCUGAUGGUUCUAUGUCAAUCAUAAUGCUGCACUAAUUUUUUUCUUCCUAGGUAUUGGGUUUUGCAUUAGAGGGGUACUAUUGCGUGUAUGUAUUUAUGUAUGCAUACUAUGCUGUUACAAGUGAACAAACUUCAACUUGAAGUGCAUUCAUUAUGUGGUAUCCAUGUGUAUCGACCAUGUGCCAUAUGUCUAUUAUGGUCACUAGAACAUCUUUUAUGAUGCUUAUUAUUACACUGUUUUUUAUUUAACUUGUAAAAUUCUGUAGAAUUCUUUUUUCCUCUUUACAUAUAAGUUCAUAUAUUUUUCUACUUUAGUCCUGUGAAGUUUAUCCCUAAUCACUUUUCUAUUAGUCUGCCCACUGUAAUGGGUAUAGUUAAGAUAUUACAUACACAAGGUUCUUUGGACAAGCAGUAUUUCUUAACUGUAAUAAUGUGUAUAUUACUUAAUAAAGACUUGACAUACUA